AUGACAGACAGUCAAAUCAUCUCUCAGGAAUGCAGUGGGCAACAGUCACCUAAUCCGCUCUCGACCACAGAAACCGGUCCAGUUAAUCCUCAGGAUCUCGAGACUGGUGGUAAUCUUCUGAAACCAAGAUUCAAAACUACCUGGCACCGGUUCAUUGGACGAGGCAGGAAGCCUGUCGGUGUGAUACAGAGUAUAAAAAAGAUAUAUGGAUGUUCAUGGCUCAAUCUACUGCUCCUCCUGACGCCGGUAGCAUGGUGGGCGCAUUUCGACGGUCAUCUCCCUGACAGUCAUACCACUGUCUUUGCACUUUCUUUCUUGGCAAUUAUACCGCACGAGUGCUUGUUCGACUACUGCGGUGAACAGAUGGCUUUGUAUUGUGGCAAGGAUUUUGGUGACUUGAUCACGAUCACUUUGAACAAUGCGGUUGAGGUGACUCUCGCUAUCAUACUCCUGCUCAAGUGCGAACUCAAGCUACUUCAAUCGACUAUCACUGGUGUGGUCCUGUUGCACCUCCUCCUUGUUCCUGGAGCCGCUUUUCUGACAGGCGGUGCUCGAAUAUGGGAACAAGACCUGCACCCUAUCCACACCCAACUCAAUCAUACCUUGCUUACUGUUGGGGUGUUGGCCCUGUUAUUGCCGGCCUCAUUCUAUGCAGCUAUAAGUGGUAGCACUUCCAGUACGAUAUCGGCCAAUGGCGAUCUCCCGGACCUUGGUAGCAGCACCCAAACCGAUUUCUUGAACAUGAGCAGAGGACUUGCAGUGUUGCUCCUUCUUAUAUACAUCUGUUCGCGGAUCUACUAUCACAACCCUCCUGGUGCUGGAAACAGCUCGUUAACCCACUCUUUGACACCCGCCCCGCUCAAGGCUUACGAGGAAAAACUAGAACGAGAGGAGCCUGAGGUUAACCAAUGGGUUUGCAUCUGCUUCCUGAUUAUGAACAUUGCAGUUGUAGCUGUAACCUCGGAGUGGUUGGUGGACAGCAUCGAGCCUGUGAGGGGUGUUACCGGCAUCACGUCGGAGUGGUUCGGCUUGGUCCUCUUACCCUUUGUUUCCUUCUCAGCGGAUGGUGUCGUUGCAGCAGGCUACUUUUCCCACAGGGCUCUUCGCCGAGUAUGGUCUAAGACCAAGGAUCCCGGUGAACCACCCAAUACUCUGGCCAAAGCUGAAGCUAUCGACUUGAGCAUUCAGUUCAUCUUGCUCUGGAUGCCGUUCCUAACUCUGCUUGGCUGGUGGACCGGAAAGCCUUUCAACUUGCUAUUUGAUUUCUUUGAAGUCGCACUACUCUUAGGUGCUUGCUUCCUUGUCAAUUUCGUAACUGCCGACAGUAAAACAAACUGGGCAGAGGGAUUCAUUUUGUUGUCAUUUUAUGCCAUGAUGGUUCUUUGUACUUGGUACUACACGGGAGAAUCUGAUCUAGGUAGUUUAUUACUUUGUCCAGGACAACCUGCCACAAGUGAUUGA